CCGUAUUUUCCACCUCACAAUAUUCACCCAUUAAACAGGAAGUUUCAAAUUGACCGUUGUUAAACGAGCGACCAGCGACAUGAGCAGCAAAAGUACGUAUUUCUACGAGCUUACCUGCAAAACCCCGGAUGAGAUCGAAGGCACGCUUCAGAACAAACCGGAACUGCUGCAGGACAAGGACGAGAACGAACGCUUCCUGCUGCACUGGGCCGCCCUCGGUGGCCGGGAACCGCUGGUUCAGUACAUCCUGGCCCACCACCCGACCCAACUGAAUGCGGAAGACGACACGAAAGCCACCCCACUCAUCCUGGCCACGCUUGGUGGCCACCAACCGAUCGUGCAGCUGCUAGUAGCACGUGGUGCCACCCUAAACCAUCGCAACUGGCGUGGCCACUCCGCACUGCAGUACGCUUGCUCGAAAGGCUACCACGACAUCGCACGCCUGCUGCUCGAAAUGGGUGCCAACGUGAACGUGCUGGACGAGCUGAACGAAACACCCCUACACCGGGCAACGGCUCGUGGAUUGGAGCAAAUUAUGGGACUACUGCUGGCGCACGGUGCCAAUCCAAACAUCGCGAACCGUGAGGGCAACACACCGUUACAUCUGGCCUGCGAAGAGGACCGCCGAGGUUGUGCCGUGCUGCUGUUAAAAGGAGGCGCCUACCGACACGCGCAAAAUCGCUACGAAAAAACGCCACUCGAUUUGGCGUCCCGUUCGCUGCAGGACGUGAUUGCCAGCGAGAUCGACACGAGACACGCAGGUUAAUAGUGACGGUGACGUACGCUG